AUGGCUGCUCUGGUCACCAGGGAGGGACAGAUGAAGACUACUGCAGAGGAGCCUGUCACCAUCUGGGAGCCUCACUCAGACCAAUAUGUCCAGUCAUCCACUGACAUCUGGUCUAAGUGCUGUAGCACAGUUAGGAAUUUCCACCCUGUAGCCAUCAACCAGGAUGUGGAACGUGGUGAUGUGGAUGGACGCAUCACCAGCACCGGCCACAGGGUCCUGGGCAGGGUUGGAGGGGUGAUAUCAUCAGAGAUGCAGCCUCCCAAGCUGCUCUGGCUGAAAGCAAACAUGAGAGAGACCUGCUGGUGGGACGCCGCCCACUUUCUGGACCUUCUUGACUUCCUGUCCUGGAAGGACACAGGUUCUCGGGCCAGUGAACUUUCAAAAUGUGUAAUUGGUGCAGACAUGAGGGGUUUCUGCCUACCCUGUGAGGACCAGCUAAUCACAUUGCGCAUGGCCUUGAUCUGUGGAACAUCUUCCUGUCACAUGGCAAUCAGUCAGGGGCCCCUGAUUGUCCCCGGGGUGUGGACACCCUACCUGUCCGCCAUGGUGCCUGACCUGUGGCUCAACGAGGGAGGACAGAGUGCUACUGGAAGACUGAUUGACCAUGUGGUGAAAGGUCAUGCAGCCUACCCCAAAGCUGCAGGAGCAGGCUGUGAAAAGAUCAGCUUAUUUGCAGCAAAAUCAUAUCCAUCAAAACAACAACAUACCUUUCACCUGGAACAGGCCCCUCAUUAACAUUGACUUGGCUGUAGUGGAGUGGGUCGAGAGUUUCAAGUUCCUUGGUGUCCACAUCACCAACAAACUAUCACGGUC